GCCGAUAGUCCAGAUCGAAAUUAGCAUUGUUUUGGUUUAUUCUUUGUUUUCAUUUUUACAACUGUUGGUAAAUUGUAACUGGACAAAUGGAGCAGCAACUGGAAAAAGUGUUGAGCGAAAUCUUAACAACACCAGAAACCGUGGGUGCCCUACUGGCGAAUCGGCAAGGCCUCUGCUUGGGCGCCAAGGGCAACAUUAAUCCCAAUGUAUCUGGCAUUGGGAUGGCCAUAUCCGAGCAGGUCGCCAAGCUGGAGCCCAACAGCACUCUUCCGGCCACCGUUUGCCUGUACAGUGGCAAUAAGCGCUGCGUCAUACAAAAGGAUGGCGAAAUAACUGGAAUCAUUUAUAAGCAAACAGCGACAGCAACAACAGCAUCGACGUCGGCCAGCAAUUAGCCUACUCGUAUCUUAGGCCAAAGUGAGACAAAUUUCUUCCAAAUGCGCUCGAACAUUGGGCGCAGCAAGAGCUGGCGACAUUCAUAGCCGCUUAGCCCUGGCUCUAGCUGGCAGCGAUUGUGCACAUUUUGUUGAUUUGUUUAUUGUUUGUACAUUUGCCUCUUCUUUACUUAUGUCUUUUAUAUUUAAUGAAUACAAUUAUGAUGUACUGCAUCGUAGCGUUAAGCAGCAAUCGAAUAUGUGCUCCAAGCCCCAAAGCUUCACUCAACAUUUUAGGUGGCAUAUGUAAAUAGACACUUUGAACGAUUAAGCCUGCAAAGCGACCAAAGUAUAAUUUGAAAUACAGAGCAGCAGCAAUUAUAAUCAA